CGUGUUUUAGUCAUGUCGGACUCAGUUAAUAAUAGAACAAAACUAUCAAUUCAGAUUCACAUUUGUAACGGGACAGAACAUCAACUCUCGGACUGGUUCAGGAGAAGCGACCCAGAGGCACCCAAAUCGACCCACACAUCACGACCAAAAGCAACCAAGAAUCAUCUGUGAUUCAAAACCGACCACACUGAGAUUAUGGCGAGGACAAAGCAAACUAAGAGGGUAUCGUCUGAAGAGUUGGCCGAUCGUCGUGCCUAUCUCCACACUUCUCAUAGGCGAGGUGAUCAUGAUACAGAUGUGUCGACUUCUCGGAAGCGGGCUAGGAAGGGUGCUAGGAAGGGGGCUCCGAAGGCGACCACUGAGGUUACUGCCCCUGCUACUGAGGUUCCUACUACUCAGGUUCCUGAUACUGAGGUUCCUGCCCCUGCUACUGAGGUUCCUGCUACUGAGGUUCCUGCUCUCUCGACGCCUGAGGUUACUGCUACUGAGGUUUCUCCUCAGUCGACGCCUGAGGUUACCGCCCACGAUACUGUUGAGCCUUCCACCUCUUCACUUGAUAUUGAUGCAGUUGAGGAGCCGGAGUCGGAGUCGGGGUCGGAGUCGGGGUCUGAGUCUGAGAUUGAGGGUGAGGAUGUAGAGGUAGAGGAUCCGAAUAUGCCGCCGCUCCAGAGAGAUCCAUCGUUUCCUGGUGGGCCGGUUGAGUUGUCACUUCUGCAGCAUUACCCGGAUCACAUAGCGCCGUGGACGUGGCAUACCCUACUAGGCACCACUGACCCUCGUUAUUCUGAGCGAGGUGAUUUGAGGCUUGCCACUGCUGGUACGAAGCUCGGGCUGAUGACGUGUGAGGGGGACAAUUACAGGGAGGUCCGCUUGAUUGUGGAGAGGAGCGGACUGUAUCCACUGGUCAGGUGCAGCUAUGUAGAGACAGAUCCAGGGCUUAUAUCGGCCCUUGUGGAGAGGUGGCACGAGGAGACUAGUAGUUUCCACAUGCCAUUUGGGGAGAUGACUGUCACCCUUGACGACGUCUCCGCUCUUCUUCACAUCCCGGUUGGUGGGAGAUUCUACACUCUAGGAGUGGCCUCGAGAUAUGAUGUGGCAGAGACCUGCGCUUUGCUGUUAGGGGGGGAUGCAGAUUUGUACAUGGCUGAGUUUGAUAGGCUUAGGGGUCCGACUAUGAGGUUCAGCUUCUUGCGAGACCUUUACCCGAAAGCUGUUGCAGGUUUGUUUCAUUCAUUAUCUGAACUUUUUCCAACUAUUAUUUAUAUUUACUUAAUCAUAAUUGGUAUUACAUUGUAAUGUAGAGGGGCGGUACAAGCAUGCAGCCAGGAUGUACCUGAUGCAUCUUGUUGGCGCGACAUUGUUCGCCGACAAGAGUGGGGGGCACUCAUUCUCCGCCCGUUGGUAGGCAUGCUACAGGAUCUUGAGCGGGUGUCGGAGUUCGCGUGGGGCGCCAUGGCCCUUGCCACGUUGUACGACCAGCUUAGACAGUCUUCUCGCAGCGGGGUCAAACAGAUGGGCGGUUACACUUCCCUGUUGAUGGCCUGGGUCUUUGAGCACUUUCCAGACAGGCUCGUUCGCCGGUAUGCGAACCAGGCUUACACAGAGGACCAGCCCAGAGCUCGUAGGUGGACAGAGUCACGGUCGGGGCAUGCUAGGCUUGACGAGAGGCGAGUACUACUUGAUGAGUUGACGGCCGACGACGUCACUUGGACUCCAUAUGAGGCCCACAGGGAAUGGCGACAGCGGGAUGACAGGGCUUUGUUUUCAGGCUACAUUCGGUGUCCCUAUCCCCCUGCUGUGCGACCUCAUCUUCCGGAGCGGGUCAUGCGACAGUUUGGGUAUAUACAGACGAUCCCGCGCCACCCUAGUGAGAUGGAUAGAUCUCCCGCAGCUGAGGCUGUUGAUGCGGCAUUCGCAGGUUAUGUGCAGUACUUGUUCCCUGAGGGCGACCCUGCUAUAGAGGAGGGACAGGCUGUGGGCGGUUACAUGGAUUGGUACGCUAGAGUGUCUCAUUGUUUCAUCAUACCGGAUGAGAGGAGGAUUGAUCUCAGUGCCGUGGCUGCUUUGCGUAGGGCUUUAGAAGUCCUUGAGUUGUCACUUGAGGUGGAUGAUGCUUUGCUGCCAGGCACACAGGCCCGCGCUUUAACGGAGAGAGCACUUCGCAUCCUCCAGGACUUGGCUGGGACACAGGGCAUUGCUUACGCUGCUGGGAGAGGAGGUCUGGGAGCAGGUGGCCGAGUAGGUGGCCGAGCCGACGGCCGAGCAGGUGGCCGGGAGGGCGGCAGGGCAGCAGGUGGCCGGGAGGGCGGCAGGGCAGGAGCCAGGGGAGGUCGUAGGGGUAGGGGAGGUCGUCGGGGUAGGGGACAGUAGGGGACAUUAGUUGUAUGAGCAUUUUGUUGACAUUACUAUUAUGAUAUUAGGGGACUAUGUAUUUUGCACUACUAUUUCGGAUUAGUAUGAGUUUUAUCUUCACUUUAACGUAUAUUUUUUUUUUUUUUUUCACUUUUACCCUAAACCCUAAUAAUUUGUGAGCUUUAUCUUCACUUUAACAUUUUUUUUUUCUUUUUCACUUUUAUAAUCAACCCUAAUAAUUUUAAAAAUCAAUAACUUUUAUAACCAACCCUAAUAAUCAACCCUUGUAAUGGAAACCAAAACCUGGCACUCAACAACACAAACCCUUGUAAUGAAGUUUAAUCUUCAAGAUAUAAUCCGAAACUUCAACCUUCGGAUCAGUAUGAAACUUCAUCCUUCGGAUUAGUAUGAAACUUCAACUUCCGGACACCUCUGACAGAUUCUACCACCUUUUUCAGCACCAUUACUCCAUAGCUUCACCUACCUCACCAUCAUUAUGGCCUGCAUAAACUCCUCAACCACCAAACCACCCCCCAUUACAUUUCACUUCUGAUCACCCUCACUCCCUCACUUCCUCUUUUCUUACUACCCCUCAACCCCCCACCACCAUCAUUGCACCACCAACAACAACCUUCAUGCACCACCAACAACAACCUUCAUCAACCAGCACCACCUUGGUAUGUAUCAUUGCAUCCAUUAUAAUUUGCCAAUAAUAUACGUUUGUUUAUAUUUUCUACCAUUUAAAUUUCUCUUCAUUUUUUGCCACCACCAUCACUUCAACUUUUCUGCCUCGACAUAAAUCC